GCGUCAUCGCCUCUCAGAGAUGAGCGCGCACACAUGUACCCCGGACUAGCUUGUUGCGUUCAUGGUUCAAGCUGCUAAACUGAAGAGUUUUCAACCUGUUUUCAACACUCUUCAGGUGCCAUGGUCGUUUCGUGUUCACUUAGGGGGCUGGGAUUUACACUUGGAGUGGAAGCUGCCCCUACUAUCACCCACGGAGACUUUUAUUAGGGUUAACGUGAGAUGACCUAAUGAAAUCAAACCCCUUGAGUCACUUUCAGACUGUCUCAGCAAAUGUCACAUGGACUCAAUGGAGAGAAAGCAUGAUAUCUGCAGCCCCUUCAAUCCUCGGAAAAAUGCUCUGAGGAAGACGAGUGCAGAAAUUGUGAGUGAAGCCAGACAGUCCCUGCGAGUCCAGUCCACCCAGCGACCGUUUACCCCCAGAGAUGGGCACAGGCAGCUGUUUGGACAGAGCUCUGCUCGAGCAAGUCAGGACAGCAGGCCUCCAUCAGCCUUUAGUCUUCAUGCUCAAAACUUUGAUGCUCCUGACUCUAGACCAGGUUCAGGGACUCGCCUCACUCCUCUGGGCCAUAAGCCAAAGUCUCCAGCCCUCUGCCAUUCUGAGGAUCCAUUCAAGGCCUUUCCCAAACCCCCCACUGACCCACUGGAAACAAAGAGGGGGUUGGCAGGGGCGCGGGCACGACUUCUCCGGGCUGGAUCUCUCACCACAUUACCUCCUGUAGAGGGGAAAACAGAUGUGAAAGAGAAACUGAAUCCAGGCCUGGGACAAAAGCAGCCUCCAGUUAAAAGACUCCCCAGUUCAGACCACAGCGAGGUCUGCAGUGGUCCCCUCAAACCCAGCCCACGCAGAGCUGCGAGUGAAAGCAGCAGGAUAAAACAGCCCGGUGAUGACUCAGGAGAGAGACCCACUGAGUGUGGAGCAGGACAGAAAACAGAAGCUGGAAGUGGAGACAACAACACCAGCACAGUGGAGGAUGCAGAAGCAGUGAUGUGGAGUAAUGUGAUUGCUCCUCUUCUGCAGCAACUAGAGAGCGUGGCUGGAGGCGGCUCUGUGGGUUCAGUGGACUGCCUGUGUGAUUUGUGUGACGGUCUCUACAGCACCUUGGCAGAAGCAGACAUGCUUGGCCGACGCUGUAAGAGGAGGUCAGGGAUACUGCGAACACUGUUCCGCCUCAUCGACCUCAACUCUACCCAGCUAAACCUGCACAUCGCCAAGCUCUGCCUCGCCCUGCGUGUCAGCGGAAACAACCUACUCAACAUCUGUAAGCUUGUCUUCCAGAUCAGCCGCAGCGAAAGCAAUGACGCCUUCUUCCAGAACAACUCUAUCAUAGAUUCACUCCUGGGCAUUUUGAGCAGUGAGGAUGUGUCAGCCUCUGGUGAAGCUCUGCUUUACUGUGUUGGGACUCUGAAAUUCCUCUCCGGAAACAGUGCAAUCCUCAGACUUCUGCUGGACAAGAACUGUUUGGGUGUUUCCCAGAAACUCAUUCAGAGGCUCCUCAGAGUGGAAGACGGACACUUUACUAUUGCAGGACACAUCCUCGUACAGCUGACGGCGACCCUGAGGAACCUUGCAGAUCAUCCAGAUUCCCGUCCACUCUUCGUCUCCUUCUCUUUGCUGUCAGAGCUCUGUGAGGUGCUGCGUCAUCACCGCAAAGACCAGGACAUCUGCACCAACAUCUCCAGAAUAUACAGUAAACUCUCCUCUUACUCUGAGUGCCGCCUCGCUCUGGCCCAGACCCCCGACUGUUACCGGCUAUUUUUAGAACUGCUGAGCAAACAUCACCAAAAACAGGACCUCGUCAUUCGCCUUCUCUUCACCCUCGGGAACCUCACAGCCAAAAGUGAGGAGGCUCGGCUGCAGCUCUUUCAGUGCGAGGGCAGCAUGAACACACUCCUGCAGCUGUACGACAACUACCAGCGCAGAGACGUGUCACCACAGACACCCCCACCGAGUGAUCCCCCUUCUCCCAGAAAGCCCUGCACGCCGCAGGAGGAUGACGACGUGCUGGUGAAGCUGAUCAGGGUGCUGGCCAACAUGUGCAUCCACCCGGCUGUGGGUCCAGCUCUGGCGACCAACAUCUCAUGCAUUCAGCUGCUGAUGGAGACACUGGAGCUGAGGUGUGUGCAGGAAAGUGAGGAGCUGCUGGUGAACGUUGCUGCCACCAUCAACAACCUGUCCUUCUACCAGGAGGAAAGCUCCGUGCUGACACACAAUCAACUCUCAAUCUCAAAGUUGAUGUUGAAGUUGUUGCUCAGCUCCAGCAUGAACGCGGUGCUCGAAGCCACACGUGUUUAUGGGAAUUUGUCACAGUCCAAGGAUGUACGUGACUUUAUCAUGCAAAACAAAGUGCACCAGUUUCUAGUGAUGCUGCUGGACUCCAAAAGCACAGAGAUGUGUUUUUCAGCCUGCGGGGUCCUCACCAACCUUGCUCUGGAUCCCCCCAGCAGGGUCAGCCUCUCACUGGAAGGGGCUGCUGCAAACCUUGUGGACUGUCUGAAGGACUUGGGGCCGGGUGAUUGGCAGCUGGCGGGUCAGGUCUGCCAGGCGUUGUGGAACAUGCUGGGUGGAGGGUCUGAGAAGCUGCUGGACACAGAGGAGAGAGAGUCACUGCUGGAGAUCCUGAUCACAUACUCAGAAGAAGAAGAGGCCCUGAGGUGGAUAGAGAAUGAAGACAUGAGGGACUACCACAAAGCAUGCUGGGAGAUAGAGUUCCUACCUGUCAGUCAAAAACUGAUGAAGAUGCUUCAGCCUUCAGACCAGACAGCAUGAGCAAACUAGAACAUUGAUUUUAGAGUUUUAUGUUUUAUAUUUGAUUUAUAUUUAUUUCUAAAACAGACCUCCAAUGAGUUUUAAAGGGAACUGUGAAUAUUUGUACAGAGUAGUUUCAUUUUUCAUAAAGAAAAUAAACCUGAGUCAGCUUGGUUUCAUGCCAUCAGCUGUAAACAGAUGUGAAACCCACACCUUUAUGUUCUCCUAACAAAGUGAAACUGAAAUGCCACUGCGACAGGAGCCUGCGUGUUGCCUUGAACGUACUUUGUAGACAAUGCAUGCUCAGAAGCAAUAUGGCUGGUGGAGCCGUGGGAAACUUUCACAAAACUAAAGCACACAUUGAACUUAUAAAUAAGAUGGCAGCGAUCCCUCAGGUCGGUACAGUCCACAGCAGAACAGCUGCUUUUCAAUCUGAAGCAGACGUUGUGAGAAGUUCAAUGACUCGUCUGUUUGGGUUUGUGAAAUGCUGUCUCACCGUUCAUUCUCUGGUCUUGUUGGAUUUACUUGUCAGUCAUGGAAUCCGAUGUUCUCUUUUUUUAAACAUCAAAUAACUCAUUAAAAGUCCAGAGAAUGAACACUUGAAUCUAAACCAGCAUGAAUAGUGCUGAUUGUAAUGACAGAUUUGACAUGUAAUUUAAUUUAAUUGUUUUACUUACUUUACUCUGAGUCACCAGGGGGAGCUCUUAAUGUUUUGGCUUCACCUUUGGGAAGCGGUUGUGCUGUCCAUCUUAUAUAAAGUCUGUGUUUUUUGUCCAAGUGGAUUUAAUAAACUCUGUUUAUAAGAGAAA